ACCGGCGGCCCGGCGCGGCCCGUGAGCCUGCGGGAAGUCGUGCGCUACCUCGGGGGCAGCGGCGGCACUAGCGGCCGCCUAACCCGCGGCCGCGUGCAGGGUCUGCUGGAAGAGGAGGCAGCGGCGCGGGGCCGCCUGGAGCGCACUCGCCUCGGAGCGCUUGCGCUGCCCCGCGGGGACAGGCCCGGACGGGCGCCGCCCGCUGCCAGCUCCCGCGCGUCGCGGAGCAAGAGAGGUGGAGAAGAGCCAGUGCUUGAGAAAGAAGAGGAGGAAGAUGAUGAUGAAGAAGAAGAUGAUGAAGACGAUGUGUCUGAGGGCUCUGAAGUGCCAGAAAGUGACCGCCCUGCAGGUGCGCAGCACCACCAGCUUAAUGGCGAGCGGGGCCCUCAGAUUGCCAAGGAGAAGAUUAAGGAGUGGACACCCUGUGGACCCCACCAGGGCCAGGAUGAAGGUCGAGGGCCAGCACCAGGCAGUGGCACCCGCCAAGUCUUUUCCAUGGCCGGCAUGAAUAAGGAGGGGGGAUCAGCCUCUGCUGCCACUGGGCCAGACUCCCCAUCCCCCGUGCCUUUGCCCCCAGGAAAACCAGCCCUGCCUGGGGCUGAUGGGACCCCCUUUGGCUGUCCUUCGGGGCGUAAGGAAAAGCCAGCAGACCCUGUAGAGUGGACAGUGAUGGAUGUGGUAGAGUACUUCACCGAGGCAGGCUUCCCUGAGCAAGCAACAGCUUUCCAAGAGCAGGAAAUCGAUGGCAAGUCACUGUUGCUCAUGCAGCGCACAGAUGUGCUGACAGGGCUGUCCAUCCGUCUGGGCCCAGCCCUGAAAAUCUACGAGCACCACAUCAAGGUGCUACAGCAAGGCCACUUUGAGGAUGAUGACCCUGAUGGCUUUCUAGGCUGAAUGUCCAGCUGUGCCCCUGCCCCAGCCCAUUCUAGCCCCCCGUCUCACUCAAGACCCCCAGAAUCCAGGAACUGGAUGGGGGCACCCUCUGCGCCCUCGUAACGGAUUCUAGUGAGGGGGGGUACCUCUCCUUACUCAUCUCUUACCUAUGUCUCCCCAACACACCGUACAUCCUGUGCUCCAUGAUGGAGUGUGGGGUGGCACAGGGUCUACUCAUUUUAUCCCAGGAGGCCAACCCUACCCCCACUCUGUCCAGGACAUUUUUGAAAAGAAAAAAAAAGUGGGGGCUUUCCAUCUACCUAAAUCCUUUUCAGUUCAGCCAGAUGUUUCCUAUAUAAAUGUUUUGUUCCGCCUGUUCAUUUUGGUGGGUGGCCUUUCCCCCCUCCUCCUCACCCUUAUCCCUCCCCAUUCUGCCCCUGGCCUGCAGCCCCUGGAAACAGCUGGGGUUGGGUACCAGGGUAUUCCCUCCUCCUCCUCCUCCCCUUCUUUAUGUUGGUUGUCCCUCCAGCUGGCUGUAUUGCUUUUUAAUAUUGCAUCAGAAGUUUUUUAAAUAAAGUUUUAA